GAAACCAUUUCAUCAAUCAGCUUCAUUUUACAAAUCACACAACACCAACAAGAUCAAGAUUACUCUCAUUAAUCCUCUAAAGAUGAACAUGAUCAGAACUGAGCAACAAGUUAUUACUUAUCCGGUUGGUUAUUUACCUGAUCCGGCUUCGAGUAGCAACACAAAAUCAGUUCUUAAAAGGAAGAAAACCGAUGGUUUCACCAAUGGGGACAGAGACCAGAGCAAGCUAAGACAAAAGCUAACCGAAACAGUGAAGAGAAAGCUAUCUUUGGGGGCUAGGAUUCUUCAGGUGGGAGGUUUAGAGAAGAUCUACAAGCGGCUCUUCAGAGUCAACGAAGAUGAGAAACUCUUCAAAACUUUCCAGUGUUCCCUGUCCACCACAGCUGGUCCCAUCGCAGGCCUUCUCUUCAUUUCUUCCAAGAAGAUGGCUUUCUGCAGCGAGAGAUCGAUAAAGGUGGCUUCCCCUCAAGGAGACAUGAUCAGGGUUCACUACAAAGUGUCAAUCCCUUUGUGUAAGAUCGAGAGAGUGAACCAGAGUCAGAACACAAAGAAACCGUCACAGAAGUACAUGGAAGUAGUCACGGUCGAUGGUUUCGACUUCUGGUUCAUGGGAUUCUUGAGUUACCAGGAAGCUUUCAGAUGUCUAGAGAAAGCUCUUUCUCUGAGCUUAUGAAGACAGUGAAGAGCAAUAGUUAAAAAGUGUCACUGAUUGGUCAAAGAAUAUAGGUCUUAGAAAGUUACUGUACAAAACUUAAAUUCUUGUAAUAUGUGUUUUACGUGAAUUCAUUUAUCUUAGCAAA